AUGCCGCCAGCGGUCGAACCUGUCCUGCAACCGGAUUCUCAGUCAUCAGAGCUCAUUUUGGCAGUGGCCACACCUGUCGAGCAUGUUCAAACUGCGCAACUCAAUGUCGAAGAAUGGAAAGGGAGUUUGACUACCGAACAAUAUCUUCAUCGGGAAGCCGCUUUGCAUAGUACAGACCUGACAAGGAAUGGCGGCAUCACCUGUUGGAUCCUGACUUCGGAAAGUUUGCCCACAAAUGCGGAUGGAACACGCCCUAUAUUUGCUUCCUGUGAAUCAAUCCUAUACCACGCCGACGUCGUCCGAAACGGAAUCCUCGAACAGGUUCGAGCCCACGGUAUCGGGACCGUGUACACGCGGGCUGAGUAUCGGGGGAAAGGUUACGCCGGCCGGAUGAUGGCAGAUCUUGGUCCGAAACUGGAGACGUGGCAGCAAGUUCCAGAUGUGAAGAACGCAUUCUCUGUUCUGUUUUCUGAUAUCGGUCCCUCUUAUUAUGCCCGAUUUGGUUGGAAGGUCUUUCCGAGCAACCAUAUCCAUCUGCCACCCCUAGAUGAAAAUUCGUAUGGAAUCUCUAGGAUGAAAUUACCGGCGGUGGAAGAUCUCAGCGCUUCCGACCUACCGGGCAUUCCCGCCGUGGACUAUCUCCAACAUGAGCUGCGAAAGAAAUCGAGAGCCGAUCCAGAUACUGUCUAUUUGGCAAUUCGUCCAACUAUCGAGCACUUUGCAUGGCACCAUGCCCGUGAGGAGUUUAUUUGCUCGUCACUUGAAAGACGGGCUCCCACGAUUAAAGGUGCCUUACAUAGAGCUACCGGGAUUGUCUUGGUCUGGAACCGGGUAUUUGCUGAAAGUCAGAAAGACUGGCAGCUGCAAAUCCUUCAAACGGUCAUUCCUCCUGAUGCUCAAAAUCUGGCAGAAGCGAAUCAAGCCAUGGCAGCGCUACUUCUUAGAGCUCAAUUUGAAGCUCACCAGUCGGGCAUGUUGGCGGGUGUACAGGUCUGGGAUCCCCCAAACCUGGUGAUGUCCUCGGUGUCUGAGAUUUUGCAAGGCCCUGUCAACCUGAUUGAGCGGCACAAGGAGUCUAUUUGCUGUCUCAGAUGGUCGGGAGAACACGACGACAAACUCAUGUGGAUUUCCAAACAAAAAUAUACUUGGUGCUAA